AUGAAGCUCGCUCGUGCGCGGAGCCGAGUGCGGAGCCCUAGUCGGAACCAUAACGAGAAUGCGGUUCCGCCUCUGCCUAGGCAUUCUGAGGAUCGCAAGUUGACCAAGGGCGGAGGGCGGGCGUCGUCGGAGCAGCAGAGAGCGACGACCUCGGUGCCGGUCCCUGUCGUCAAGGGUGUCGUGACGCAGCAGCGUAUCUUCAUUGGCGAUAGACAGAGUUACAAUAUGGUUGAGAUUGGUGCGUCGACGAACGCGGGAGAUGUGGUUGAUAUGGUGGAAGCACAGGGUUCGUUGAAGGGCUGGGUUGGUACUGGGGGUUGGAUGCUUUGGGAGGUUGCCCAGGAUUUUGGAAUGGAGCGCCCUAUACGAAGCUUUGAGCUUCUCGCCGAUGUCGAAACUUCGUGGAACAAGGAUAAGAUGGUAAACAUCUUUGUGCUCAAACUGACGCCUUUGGCUUCCUUGCUUCGUCGUACGGCUAUUCCCUCAGUUUCCCCUCUUCAUUCCGGCUAUGUGGAAUGGGAAAUCAAACGCGGCAAAUGGAACAAACGUUGGUUGUCACUCCGUGAGCAUGGUUUGUGGCUAUCUAAACGCGACAAUGGCAAAGACGAGAUGUUCCUUUGUUCCCUAUCCAAUUUCGACGCCUAUUUCGUCACCCGCCUACACAAAGCGCCUAAAGCUUUCGUCUUCGCUCUGAAAUCAACAGAAAAUAUAUCCCUCUUUGAGAACACUGCAGACUAUUUGCAUAUCUUUUCUUGUAACAAGAAUGAUGGGGAUAGGUGGAUGGAGAGGGUCCUUCUUGCUCGUUCCUAUGUCCUGCAUCAGGAACGUAAUGUCCUGUUUAACCCAAAGACUACCACUGGGCUGUCCCGGGCUGGGACACGGAAAGGAACAGGUCGUCCUGUCCAGCAGCCGCUUGUGAAUGUUGGUUCCACGGAUUUGUUUGAACCUGGUUCGCUGCUACGCAAGUAA